AUGCAUCUGUGGCAGGCCACUGUUCCUUUCUGCCUCCUGGCUUCGGCUGCCCUGCCCGCGGCGGCUGCGUCUGCUUGGGGCUUUACUGAUGCCACGGUGGCCGUUCAAUCCAAGGGCGCCGGUGUCAACAGCGGACUCAAGGAAGAACUCUCUGCUUCCAAGCCGCUGUCCAAGCCCAUCUCGCUAGCCACCGUCGACACCUUGCGCGUCACGUUGACAACGCAGGAAGGAAGCUCCCCAAAGCGGCCACACCAGGCUUUCCUCCUGCUGAAGGAUGACCAGACUGGACUGGACAUUUCCUAUCCCUUUACUGUCAAAGAAAGUGGCAAGUCGAGAGUGGAAUUGACCCAAAAGAACCUCCCAAUCCAAUUCCUCUCCCUGUCGGACCCGGUUGAUGCGCGUGUGGUGAUUGGUUCUUUGGGCACCUCCGAAGCAUAUGACAAGUCUGCGUUCAAGCUUUCGAUCGCCCGCAACCCCGACGAGGCCGUGCCGACCAUCGAGCCCGCACGAUAUGGCAAACUGCCCGAGAUCCACCACAUCUUCAGAGACGACCCCUCAAGCCCGGCCGUAAUCAUUACUCUGGCUUUUGUGGGUCUGGUCGGCGCUGCUCUUCCGCUUCUGGCUGGUUUGUGGCUCUUCCUCGGCACCAACGUCAACCACCUGUCCACCGCUUUCAAGUCGUCUCCUCUCCCCCAUGCCGUCUUCCUUGCGUCUCUCGUCUCGUUCGAGGGCGUUUUCUUCCUCUACUAUACUACUUGGAACUUGUUCCAGACCCUGCCCGCGGCCGCCGCCGUCGGUGCGGUCGCAUUCGUGAGCGGCAGCCGUGCCCUGGGUGAGGUGCAGAGCCGCCGUCUGGCCAGUCUCCGUUAA